CACACCACCAGGUGACAAAGAGAAAACAAAUACAUAAGUCGUGAGUUUCAUUUGCAAAAAACACCGAGACAAACAUGCCCUCCAAGAAAUAUCGAAAAGCUAAAAAGUCUGAAGAUAACACAGAAAACCAAACGAGCAAAGAACAAAGAGACCAGAAAAUCAAACUGUUCAUGCAGCAUUUUGAGAAUGAAGCAAAGGAAAGAAGAAAUUAUUUGGAAACAAAGUUGGAAAAACUCGUGUCCACUGUGGAUAAGGCGUUUAAAGUAGAGCUUAUGAAGAUGCCACUCGACCUGCAACACACCAAGCUGAAAAACCUGAAGAUCGAGCAAAACGGCCAAGCUGAGGGCGUGGCUGCUGCAAUUAAUGUGGAAGCGUUCACAGACAUUAAAACAACGAAGAGGAAGAACAGUAAAAAGGUCCUUAUCCUGGAAGAAUCUGAUCCCAAGAUGCCUGUAAGAAUCACAAGGACUCUGUCGGUUCAAAGCAAGGGGACUGCCCAGAAGCCACCAGCAAAAUCCAGGUCUCUUGCAACCCUAUCGUCUGCUACAAAACAAAGUCCUACAUUACCAAGGACUAUGCCAGCUACUCCAGCAAUGACGAGAACUGCAAGAAAAAUUGCGAGCCAGGAUGCCAAAACCCAGAAAGGAUCACAAGGAUCCAAUGAAACAUCUGCCAGAACAGGACACAAGGCCUACAGCUUCUCAAAUAACCCUGCCGGUUUAGACCACUCUCUCGCAUUUGCAAAUAUACCUACUUCUCAUGGACAGGCUCUGUACUUAUUUGGUGAUGUUAAAAACAAGAUAGAUCUGGACUUGCUUGAUGAGAAGGCUGUACAACAUAUGCAGGCAUUAAUGAGCACACUAGAUUAUAUUUGCAAGGCAAAAGUUGGCCAUGGAAACAGCAUCUGAGAACUCUCUUCUUUUUGAAGUAACUGUCUGUCUGUAAAAUGUUAAUUUUAUACUUUUGUGUUUUAACAGUGGAAUUUAAGUUUAUAUCUGUCUGAUUUAUAUGAAUGUAUUAACCUUAAUAAAAUAGAUCCCACAUGACCAAAUAUAAA